AUGGACUUGCAGACGAAGAAUAUUUGUAAUGUCUCAGGUUUUGGAGAAGAAGAGGGUGUUGAAAGCGUUUGUGAAACUUCGGUUUUGAAGCGUUGUGAUCCCGAUGUUGUUGCAUUAGAGGAGAAAUCUUGUUACACCCCUAUUAAUGAAGUUAUAAACUGCAACAACAAUUCUCUAGCUGAUGUGAUUUGUGUCAUAGUGAAUGUUGGAGAAAUCUCGAUAAUUCUUAUAAAAGAUGGGACUGAGGUGAAAAAGAGAAUAGUCAAAAUAAAUGAUAUGUCAACUUUCACAAUUGAUGUUAAUCUAUGGGGAAUAACAUUAGAAGAAUUAGGUGAGGACUUGAAGAAUAUGCAUAAAUAUGGAACAUUUGUGAUCCUUUCUAUGCAGAAUGCCCGAGUAGGCUAUUUCAAUAGGAAGGUUAUCAAUAUGACAACUGCAACAAUUAUAAAUACUAACCCUUGCAUUCCUGAAGCAGAACCUCUAAUAUUGAGAGGAGAAAUACCAGAAUACCUCCAUCCACACUCUGCAGGUGGCAAUCAGAUUAGUAGCCAAUACAAUAGAAUGACAAUUGCAUCCAUCCUUGAACACAUGAGUAUUGCACCAAAAAUUAUUGAGACCACUAUUACAACUGUACUCAAAUUCAUAAAUGAUGAUCAUUUUUAUUAUAUAGCUUGUCCACUACAAAUCAAUGGUAAAGAAUGUAAAAAGAAAUGUACUCGGUUAAAUGAUAAUUCAUGGAUGUGCCCCAGAUAUCAAACACAAGUGCUUGAAUAUAAUUAUAAAUACCUCUUACAGAUGAAACUACAAGAUCCAACAAACAACCUUUGGGCUAAUGGAUUCAAUGAGUUUGACACAAAAUUGUUGGGUACAUUUGCCAAGGAACUUUACAUUCUACAAUAUGAUAUGACGAUAGGAAAAACACCUCGUUCUAUAAUUGACAAGGUUAUACCAAUGCACUACACCUUUACACUAUUGGUAUCAACUGACACAUAUAAUUUUGAACGUAGAUUGAAAGUAAUAGUUAACAAAGUAGCAAAGGUCGAUUUUGAAGCUCAGUGUAUCGAUUUGCUUGCGGAGAUUGCUCGCAUGGGUGCAGCUACAUGA